UUUAUAUGCGAGCUGGUAAAUAUGAUAUGGAAGUGAGAACAGUGACCCAUAUAGAUGAAAAUAAGCAGAAAAGUAAUCUCAUAAUUGAAGAUUGGGGUUGAGAAAGAACAAAGGUUUUCCUCACAUGUAACCAGAUCUAAUAUAGAGAGCAAGGUACUAUGCCCUUUAACAUUGUUCUAUUGAACCUGUGUAGAAAAUAUAGGGCUACUUAAAAUAAAUUUUACUCUUUCCAACAGGAUAUGUUUUAUUUAACAGUUAAGGAUCGAUACAGCUUAUGAGUCAGCAAUAAAAUGUUGUAGACUCGGAGGAAUUCACAAAGAAAAAAGGGGGGAAGAAAUAUCGAAUAUCGAAUUCCAAUCGUAAACUGUUGUAGAGAAGAUUAAAUAGGGAAGCGUGGUAGAAAUGGUGACAGUGUAUUAAACGAAUCAUAGUUUAAUCUAUCCUUUCUGCUAUAGAAAAAUCUACUGAUGCUAAUGAAAAUGAUUUGCAUCCUCAUCCAAGGAUGAGGAUGCAAAUCGUACGAGAUAGAUGAAGUGGAAGACUUUGUCUGCAUGAAUUACACAUAGACGGAAGUUUAGAGUAUUGUAUGGGAGAAUUGUUAUGUUAAAGAAGAGAUAUUUUUAUAUUUUUGUUAGGAAAAUUUAUUUUGAAAUUCAUUUUUUUUUCUCUUCGAAAUAUUGAUGGAUGUAAUGGUUCGAGUCUCUUGGGUAAAUAUCAAUCUUUGUAGUAGUUCGAUGUUUGCUGGAAUUGAUCAAACCUCUGUAGAAAAUGCAAGGUUUAACUUGAAGUAAUAAAAUUGUGGUUUUAGUGAAGUUGUCGUUGUUGCAGGAAUGGAUAAUCACGUGGAAAAUUGUGCUAUUGCCAAUGGUUUAUGCUACUACUGUAAAGCUUUAAGUACGCUGUGAAACAUACUAGGUUGAUACUAGAUUCAUUGUUGUUGAUGUAGAAUCACAUAAAACUAUUUUAUAAUUAAACAACGACGGUGCUGUUGUAGGAAAUAUGUUGUUGCUACUGUAACAGAAGAGCUCUCAUGUCAUUUCUGCUGUUGUUAACGAUAAGGAAUUAUCUUCUGUUAAAGAGAGCUUGUCUUAAUUAUGGACAAUACUAUCGAAAUUUUAAUAUAAUUAAUAAUGAUAUUGCUGGAUGAUACAGAUAUAUCGUUCGCUGCAGUAAUCAAAUGGGGUGUAGAAAGUACUGUUUACAUAUAGAAUCAGAAACGUUAUUGCUAUUGUUAUUGAGGAAUAGUAAUGUUGUUAUUGAAUAAAACAGAAUAAUCAAUACAAUUUUAUGACGUAUGGAAGAUUUUUAGUCGACUGAAUAUUUACUUAGUGUCAUCAUUAUUGGGAAGCUACAGAGUAAUUACGCCUACGAUACGGUUCUAUAAUCCACUAGCAUAUAAUAAAACACAAAAUUCUCCUCAUUAACUCCUUAUAUAACACAGCUUUUGUUACUAUAAAUGAAAAAAUAUAUAUAUAAGAAACUAACCCCAUAACUUAUACCAAAAAAAAAAAAUAUAUACUCUUAACGAUUAUCUACAGAAAGGUUACGCUAACGACCUUACUAGAUUAAUAAUUAGUUAAAGUUGACAGCAGUAAUCCGGGAUUAGGAUAAGAACAGAUUUAAAGUAACACGAUUCAGAUUAAAAUCUACCAAGCGUACAUGCGCAGUGAAGGAGGAGAGACUGAAUAGUCUGUCUGUUCUUCCGUCUGCCUGACAGAAACGAGUGUGCAUCCGACCCGCUUAUCACGUCUGUUUGACAGGCGAUUUUUACAUUCUGUGCUGUUUCCUACCCCGAAAGUAAAUCAAGUUCCUAAUGAAAGCUUCGAAAUUUGGAUAAAAUGAAUAUUCUUGUUAAAUCUUGAUGAAGAGAGAUAAGAAUUCGCCAAGAUGACCAUGAAAUGGGAAAAAUUAUCACCUGCUGAAUUUCAACAAUUGCAAGAUUAUAUACAGUAUUCGUCUAAGAAAUUAAGCGAUGUUUUAGACGAAUUUAAAGAAAAUUCUACUUUCUCCAAAUAUAAUCCUGAAGGAGAUAUCGAUUAUGAGGGCUUCCAAAAGUUUAUGGAUACAUAUCUGGAGAUUGAAACUCCUAAAGAUCUAGUAAAGCAUUUGUUUCUGUCUUUUGUUAAGAAGUCAUCUCAAACGUCAUCUCAAACGGUUGAUGGUAAGCUUCUCAAGAUGGCUGCUGUAACAUCGACGACCGCUUGCGCUCCUAUAACUUCUCACAAAUGCGGUUCAUUACCUGAACUGAACAAAGAAGGACACGAAAGGAAAGAAGAAAAAUCUGCUACAUUAGCUGAAAAACUUCAUGGACUAACAGAAAAACUUCACAGCCUCGGACAACAUAAAACAGAUAACGAUAAUAAUCUAAGAAAUCGAACAGAUAGCGCAUCCGUACAUCCUAUAGUAACUGUAACACAAAACUACGAUCAGAAAUCGACUGAUUCUUCACCAAGUCAAGCAUCAAGGAAUUCAUCUAGAAAAUCCAACAGCUCUCUUCUAGUUCAUAAUGUGGAAAUUAAACCAUUAAGAAAGACUAGUAGCCAUUUGGAUAUCCACACACUCACAGUACCUCUGAAGGAUAUCAUCUGCUAUCUUUCUUUAAUGGAAGCUGGAAGACCUGAGGAUAAAUUAGAAUUUGUAUUUCGUCUUUACGAUACCGAUGGGAAUGGUUACUUAGAUAGCAACGAAAUGGAUUGCAUAGUUAAUCAGAUGAUGACUGUGGCUGAGUAUCUUGGCUGGGACGUCUCCGAGUUGAAACCUAUACUUAAAGACAUGAUGGUCGAGAUUGAUUACGAUGCUGAUGGUAAAGUCUCGUUAGAAGAAUGGAAACGUGGAGGGAUGACCACAAUACCACUCUUGGUUCUCUUAGGUUUAGACUCGAAUGUUAAAGAUGAUGGAAAUCACGUCUGGAGAUUGAAACAUUUUAACAGACCCGCCUAUUGCAAUCUCUGUCUCAAUAUGUUGGUGGGUCUUGGUAAAAAGGGAUUGUGCUGUGUCUUUUGCAAGUACACUGUUCACGAAAGAUGUGUACAGAGAGCACCCGCUUCUUGCAUCAGUACUUAUGUCAAGUCGAAGAAAACAUCUCAGACUUUAACUCACCAUUGGACAGAAGGUAACUGUACAGGGAAGUGUAGCAAAUGUAGAAAGCCAAUCAAGUCUUACAAUGGGAUUACUGGUCUCCAUUGUCGAUGGUGUCAAAUGACACUUCACAACCAUUGUGCCUCUCAAGUAAAACCAGAAUGUACGCUAGGACAACAUAGGGAUCAUUUACUAUCUCCGACUUGUAUCUGUCCCAUUGUUCUGGAAAGGCAAAGAAGCGUUACUAACAACCAGAAAAAGAACCUUUCUAGAACUGACUCGAACAUGGUUGGAGGCGAUAAUAAUCAAUCGAUGUCAGCCAUGUCUUUCCAGAUAACUCCUUUGGCUGGUACACACCCUCUCUUAAUUCUGAUCAAUCCUAAGAGUGGAGGAAGACAGGGAAUGAGAAUAUUAAGAAAAUUCCAAUAUUUGUUAAAUCCAAGACAAGUCUACAAUAUUGCUAAGGGUGGACCGAUGCAAGGAUUACAAUUUUAUCAAGAUGUACCAAAUUUUAAAGUACUUUGCUGUGGAGGAGAUGGGACAGUUGGAUGGGUACUCGAUACAAUUGACAAAAUGAACUUUCAGUUUCCUCCAGCUAUCGCAAUACUUCCUCUUGGAACAGGAAAUGACUUAGCGAGAUGCUUAUGUUGGGGACCGGGAUACGAUAACGAAAGCCUAGAUAAGAUCCUUAAGAAGAUCGAAAAGGCGACAAGUGUGAUGAUGGACAGGUGGAAGAUUGACAUCUCACCAGCAGAAGAUUGUGAAGAGAAGGGAGAUCCAAUACCCUGCACGAUUUUUAAUAAUUAUUUCUCUAUCGGAGUUGAUGCUUCCAUAGCCAUUAAAUUCCAUUUAGAACGUGAAAAACAUCCAGAAAAAUUCAGCAGCAGGAUGAAAAAUAAAAUGUGGUAUUUCGAAUUCGCUACUUCAGAAACUUUUUUCGCCACUUGUAAACAUUUACACGAAGCUAUCGAAAUUUUGUGUGACGGCCAAUCUUUGGACCUGGCUACUGGACCUUCUCUACAAGGUAUCGCAUUUUUGAACAUUCCAAGUAUAUACGGAGGGUCUAAUCUAUGGGGAGAUAAUUCAGGACAGAAGAAACGUACUCAUGUUCAAUGGAAAAAGAAGAAGGAUCGAGGAGGAUCCGCUUAUAGUUUCCAAUCAGUAGAUUUGAGCACAGCUGUUCAGGAUAUAGGGGAUACGUUAAUAGAGGUAAUAGGGCUAGAGAAUUGCAUGCACGUUGGACAGGUUAAAGCUGGACUACGUGCUUCUGGACGAAGAUUGGCACAGUGCUCCUCCGUUGUAAUCAAAACGAAGAAAAGAUUUCCUAUGCAAAUUGAUGGAGAGCCGUGGAUGCAGCCACCUUGUACUAUCCGCAUCAUUCAUAAAAAUCAAAUGCCCAUGUUAAUAGCUCCAGUAACUCCGAAGACCAAAUUUCCUUUUUCAUUAUUUAAAAAGUCGAAAUAACCGAGUUCGAAAAUCGGUUUUUCCAGUAACAGAAUCCGCGCCAGUAUGUUCCAGCCUGCAGUUAAUGCCAGAAAAAGCCUUAAUGUCUUUUUUCUCUCAAACUGAUGAGAAAGAACUUUAAUUUCUAUUUUUUUAUUUUCUCUUAUUUUUUAAAUUAAUAAACUCAGAAAAAAAAAAAUAUAUAUAUAUAUAUAUAUUUCAUCAUAUAUUUACGAAUAGCACCAUGUUGGAUCAAAGUAAUUUCGGAUGUUGAGGAGCAUCACUUGAUCUAGUUUAUCCAAGAUGAUGUCGCUUAUUAUAUAUAGCCUAUAUAUAACAGACAGAGGCCUUGUGGGUUAAAACUUGUGAUAAAUUUAUAUGUUUAAAUUAUUAUUUAUUAUGAGAUAGAAUCUAUAGUAUAAUAUAAUUUAAUUUAAUCGUGAGUUAUUUGAAAAUAUCUAUAUAAAUAUAUAUGUAUAUCAAGCUACUGUUAUGUCGAAUAUCCACGCAUACAUAUACAUGUUUAUGUGUAGUAUUAUUUACUCGAUAAAUACGAAAAAAAAUAAUAAAUAUUGUUGGGAAAGUAACCAGUUCUGACUUUUUACUACAAAACAAUUUGCUGAAAAACCUUUGCAGUUAUAAAAUUGCUUUGGAAAUUCCAAUAACUGAUAUGUGCUUUUCUACUUAAUCCCUUGUGUUGGAGUAGGCGAUCGAUACAUCCACCUCCUAUAAAACUCUACACUGGAACUAAAGAAAACAAUUUACAAAAUAAAUAUAUAUAUAUAUAAGCGUCAUUUGAUAGUGUUUAUUUUUAUAAAUUUCCAUUCCCAAAGGUGCAAUACCUCCUCCUCUCGAAUUUUUUAUGUUCGUCCUCCCUGCCACUUGAUCAGCAUCUAUCAGUUUUAGUGGAUAAUCUCUAUAGCCAUUGGAAAAUCAAAUGCUGUAGACGGGAUAAAAUUCUUCAAAGUCAAUUUCUUGAAAGUUUCAAGUGUUCAGAAAGAAUUGGAGAAGACAUUUCAGAGAUUAUGUGGAAAACAAACUUAAACUACAAGUAUUUUUUUUUGUAGUAGAAGUUAAAACAGCCCAUCGAUCGUACUCGUUACCUUCCCAACAUCUUCUUAACUUAAAAAAAAAAAACUGUAAUAUAUCUGUGCA